CCUAUGCCGUCUCGAUCCCAACCUCUUCCCUGACUGACGUGCCAGCUUCCUUCGUGAGGUGUCCCUCUAUGUCUCCGGCACUGGCUGGCGUGCCUACGACCACGUCCUUGGCCAGCCCAUCUUCUACUCGGGCUUCUCGGAGCACAUUAAGAGCCAGAUCAUGUCGGCGACGCUGCUGCAGACCAAGAUUGCCCAGCUGGCCGACAUGCGAGUCGCCGUCGAGGAGAAACAGGGCUUGCUCAAUCCGGACGACCGGGACUUCGUCGUGAAGAAGGCCCAGCGCCGCGCCGUUCUCGUUCAGGCCCUACAGGAGGUGGCCGAGAACCUGACGGACAAGAUGAUAUGCAAGUUCGACAGCAAACCGUUCAUCAGGGGCGCGUAUUACCUGGUGACUCAGUUGCUGCUCAGGGCGUAUCAUCAGGGCAUUCACGUGUCGAGCGAGGAGGUGCUGCGGCUGCGGAGGGUGGCCGAGGAGGCGGCGAGGAAGAAGCAAAGCAUCAUCUUCCUGCCGUGCCACAGGUCGCACGUCGACUACGUCUCGAUGCAGCUGCUCUGCUACAGGCUGGGGUUGGCACUGCCCGUCGUGGUAGCUGGAGACAAUCUCAACUUCCCCAUCGUCGGGAGUUUCUUACAGCAUGCCGGUAAGCCCCCGCUUCUUGGAUUCUCCGUUCGUGCUGCUCGGAGGAUGCUCAUCGUUCCCCCAGGAGCCAUGUACAUCCGCAGGUCCUUCGGUGACGACCAACUCUACUCGACCUUGGUGCAGACCUACAUCGACGUCUUGCUCCAAGGCGGUUACAACCUCGAGUGUUUCAUCGAAGGGGGUCGCUCACGGACGGGCAAGCUGCUGCCCCCGAAGUUUGGCAUUCUCAACUUUGUCCUCGACAGCCUCUUGUCAGGCCGCGUCGAGGACGCCAUCAUCUGCCCCGUCAGUACCCAGUACGACAAGGUCAUCGAGACCGAAGGCUACGUUACCGAACUGCUGGGCGUGCCAAAGAAGAAGGAAAACCUGGCCGACUUCCUCACGGGCGGGUCUAGCGUGCUUUCCCUUCGGCUGGGGAGAGUCGACGUGCGGUUUCACGAGCCCUGGAGUCUGCGUGGUUUCAUCAACGAGCAGCUUCUGAGAAUUUACAAGAUGCCGCCGCCCAUCAACAUUGACUGGAGGGACACCAAGAACCAGGCGCGUCGUCAGAAACUCCUACGAACUCUUGGCUACAAGGUGCUCGCUGACAUCAACGCCGUGUCGGUGGUGAUGCCCACGGCCCUGAUCGGGACGGUCCUACUAACUCUGCGUGGUCGCGGCGUCGGAAGGACCGAGCUCAUCCGGCGUGUCGAGUGGUUGACAGACAGGAUACGAGCCAAGGGCGGGCGUGUUGCCCACUUUGGCAAUGCGCCGCUCCCCGAUGUCAUCGAGCGUGGUCUAGACGUGCUCGGCAAGGACCUGGUGGGCGUUGUCGAGGGCCUCGCAGAGCCGACGUACUACGCCGUUGACCGCUUCCAGCUGUCCUUCUAUCGCAACAUGACCAUUCACCUCUUCAUCUCGGAAGCCCUGGUGGCCGCGGCGCUCUACACAAGGGUGAAGCGGGGUGGCGGGCCCCCGAUUCAGGACAUCCCUUACCAGGACCUACACGACCAAGUCCUGUUUCUCUCAUCGCUCUUCCGCGGCGAGUUCAUCUACUCGGGCGAGGGCCUCGCCACCAAUCUGGAGAGGACCCUUCUCGGGCUCGAAGCAGACAAUGUCAUCCACAUCGAGCGGGACGAAGAAGGAAACAUCACCAAGGUCGGCCUCUCCGACGCCGAACGAGCUGCCGGGCGAGAGAAUUACGACUUUUACUGCUUCUUGAUCUGGCCUUUCAUCGAGGCCAGCUGGCUGGCCGCCGUCUCUCUCAUGGGUCUGACGCCGCCGGUUGGAACAAAAGAUGAUAUUUGGGUACAGGUAUCCAAGGCGCAAGAGAGCGCGCAGCUGCUCGGGAAAACCCUGUAUCACCAAGGCGAUCUCUCCUACUUCGAGGCGGUCAACAAAGAGACGCUCAAGAACUCGUACCAGCGCUUUGAAGAGGAAGGUAUCAUACAAGUCGUCAAGUCCAAGGACACGCGUAUCCCGCCGCGGCUGCGCGUCGCGCCCGAGUGGCGGCCGGGGAGGGACGAGAAGACGGGCCAGCUGCUGGCGUCGGGCCGGCUGUGGGACUUCACCGAGAAGAUCGCCUCGAGCCGGCGCGAGGGCAAGAAUCGGCGGGACGGGGCGACGGUCAGCACACGCGUGGUGGGGCUCACAGAUGCGCUGGGGCGGAAGCUGUUUGAGGAAGCCAUCAGCGGGGAGGAGGGCAAGGGCAAAGGAAAAGCGGCUGCGCCAGCGAGGCUGAGCAGGGAGGACGAGAGGAGCCUGAGCCGGAGUGUCAUGGAGCAGAAGAGGCGGAGGAGGUUAGAGGGGAGGGCACAUCUGUAGAGUCUCUUAUUUUGUUUGCGACGCGGGUGGGCGAGGCUUUGUCGGAUAUCUGGCCGUAGCGACUGGAAGGAGUUGCGGGGCUGGUGAGAAUACCAUACCUUUUUUUUUUUUUUGGGGGGGGGGGGG